AUGUACCCGUACUACGAGACCGACUGGAGCAUUCUGCCGCCGGAUCACAACCGAAGGUAUAGCCCAGGACUUACGAUAAACAACAUCAAGCAAGUGAUCAAUGAAACCAUCGAAACAAACAUCUUACGAAAGCCCGCGCCAACGCGUCUGCGGGAACUGAUCCGACAGAUACGAGCCUGCCGGACGGCAACCGAGGAACGCGCGGUAGUCAACACAGAAUGUGCCUACAUCCGAAGCACGUUCCGCGAGACGGACUGCAUCUGGAAGUGCCGCAACAUGGCCAAGCUCCUGUACAUCCACAUGCUCGGCUAUCCGGCCCACUUCGGGCAGGUCGAGUGCCUCAAGCUGGCCGCGAGCGCCAAGUUCACCGACAAACGGAUAGGAUACCUGGGCGCAAUGCUGUUGCUGGACGAACGGGCCGACGUACACGUGCUGCUCACAAACUGCCUUAAGAACGAUCUAAACAGCCCUACGCAAUUCAUCGUCGGUACCGCACUGUGCACACUAGCCGCCAUCGCUUCCCCGGAGAUGGCACGUGAUCUGUGCAACGACGUCGAGCGGCUGAUCGUCUCAUCCAACGCGUUCCUGCGCAAAAAAGCGAUCCUUUGUGCCUUCCGUUUCGUGCGCCGAGUGCCGGAGCUGAUGGAGGACUACCUGCCCAAGUGCGAGGUGUUCCUGGCCGACAAGAACCACGGUAUCCUGAUCGCCACCAUCACGCUCAUCACCGAAAUGUGCGAACAGAGUGCCCCCGUGCUGCGUUACUUCAAAUCCAUCAUCCCGACGCUAGUACGCAUGCUUAAGACGCUCACAGUCACCGGAUACUCUCCCGAACACCUCGUCAGUGGAGUAAGCGAUCCGUUCCUGCAAGUCAAGAUCCUGCGGUUGCUGCGAGUACUCGGCCACGGCGACUCGACCCAGUCGGAGAUCAUGAACGAUGUGCUGGCACAGGUCGCCACCAGCACCGAGACGAGUAAGAACGCCGGCAAUGCGAUCCUGUACGAGACGGUCCUUACGAUCAUGAACGUUGAGUCGGAGAACAGCUUGCGCGUGCUGGCGGUCAACAUACUCGGGCGGUUUCUGCUGAACAACGACAAAAAUAUCCGCUUCAUCGGGCUGCUGACAUUGGUUAAAACCGUGCACAAGGACAUGACCGCAGUGCAGCGGCAUCGCAUUACGAUCCUCGAGUGCCUUUCGGAUGGUGAUCCAUCGAUACAGCGCUGCGCCAUGGAGCUGUCCUUCACCCUCAUCAACACGCAAAAUAUCGAGAUGGUUGUGCGAGAGUUGUUACGAUACCUCGAGUCGACCGAUGCUGAAAUGAAAGCGCUCUGCAGCAGUAAAAUUGUGCUCGCCGCCGAAACCUACUCACCCUCGAUCCACUGGCAUCUGGACGUGCUGCUGAAGAUCCUCACGAUCGCUGGAAACAAUAUCCGUGAUGACGUGAUCGCGUCCACCAUUCAACUCAUCUCGAACAGCCCGCAGCACGAGCAACGUUUCAUCACCGGUAAAAUGUGGGAAGCCAUCAUGAACAUGAACCAACUCGAGAACCGGCAACCAUUGGUGCAGGUGGCCGUAUGGACGAUCGGCGAGUACGGCGAAUCGGGAGGGUUUGACGCGUACGAGUUAAUUGAACACUAUCGGCAAUUGCUCUGGGCACCUCAGCUUUCGAUCUCUACCAAACAGUACAUCAUCGUGUCGUUGGCAAAAAUCAGCGUUCGGAUUGAUGGCUGCACACCGGAUAUACAAAACAUCAUCAACUCGUUCCGGGUGCACAUGAACAUCGAUUUGCAGCAGCGUGCGAACGAAUUUUCGCAGCUAUUCACGAAUUACAAACACCUUCGGAACUCGCUCCUAGAAAAAAUGCCGAAGCUGAAGAUCUCCGAGCUGACCACAUCAGAAUACAAUGCUGAUUUUACAGCACCGGAAUCAUCGGAUGUUGAGGAACAGGAACAAGAGGACACGUCAGCUCCCGCGGAACCUUCGAAUCAGGAUAUCCUGCUGGAUCUUCUUGGGGAUUGCUUUACCAGUGACGGUAACGGAAACAACGCGCUUGCGAUCAUGCCCUCGCCACAAGCAGGUCCAAUACCAUCAUAUUUUUCAACGAGCUUUACUGAAAACCAACUGGCCACGAACAACAAUGGACCGAUGGCAACGGGGACUACCAAUGCAAUCGAUAUCCUAGGUCUUACAUCACCACCGAACGGACCAUACCAGGCAAUUCAUCAAGUAUCGCCAACCUCCGCGAUACCUUCGAUUAGCGUAUACGACAAAGACGACAUUCACAUCCGUUUCUUCAUAUGCCCAGGCACUGAUGCUGAGCAGUAUCAAGCGUCAAUGCCAUCAGCCCGCAUCACCGUGCAGACGGUCAACGGAACCCAUACGACGAUCGAAAAGUUUCUGUUCCAGGCUGCCGUUCCGAAGUCCUUUGUGCUAACGCUGCGUGAACCAUCCAGCACCGUGAUGCCACCGGGUGGAACUAUAAUGCAGGAUUUGCUGAUUGCUCGGCAAACGCCGUCCAGCCAGCAGGCAACCGCCGGAUUGCGCAUGAAGGUUCGCUUUUCGUACGAAAUCGAAAACUACUCCAUGAUGGAGCAGAUCGAUGUGAACGAGUUUCCGGAUGGGUUUCUUCGCUAG